UCUUAAGACAGCAGGACUACCUAGCAUUAGUGAGCUGUGAAUCCCUGUAGCUUACCUCGAACUUUUAAUGAGUACAUAGACUAUCAGAUUCAAAUGGAUAUCAAACUGAGAAAUGGUGUAUGGAGAUUUCUUUUGAUCCUGGCUAUUUGUAGUGUCCAUAUAGAAGCUUUUGGAAGAUGUAACAAUGAUGGUGUUAAAACUUGCUGCCUAAAAUCAUGUAGAAGUCCUACAGGAAACUGUCACUGUGACACUAGGUGUCUAACUUUCGGUGACUGCUGUGAUGAUUAUAAAGAUACAUGCACACCAACAAAACCAUCACCAAUUAUAACCACCACUACAACUGAAGGCUCAUCUACCACUACAGCAAGCACACCAACAACUACAACACCAACUAGUACUACUACAACUAUGAGUACAACUACAACUACAACACCAACUACUACAACUACAACCACAACUACUACUACUACUACUACUACUACUACAACAAGUACAACAACAAGUACAACAACAACAACAACUACAACUACACCUACAACAACAACAACAACAACAACAGCAGGAACAGGAACGACAACAACAACAUCAACACAACCAACUGGUCCAUCAUCUCCACCUAUGAAUCCGGUAAUGCCAGAGCCAUCUAUUACGACAGUUGAAACAAGCACAACUACAACAGCUGCACCAUCUACAUCAGCAUCUUCUUCAACAGUGGAUACAUCAGGUUCAGCAUCUCCACCUAUGAUACCAGUGCCAUCUACAACCACAUCUGAAACAAGCACAGCCACAACAUUUGCAAUACCUAUAUUGGAAUCAUCUUCAACAAUGGUUACACCAGGACACACAUUAACACCUACAGCAUCCUCAUCACCAUUACCAUCACCACCUACAACCACAACUGAAACAAGCACAACCACAACAAGUGUCCCACCCUCAACAGCAUCUUCGUCAUCUGCUGCAGCAGUGACACCAACUCCAGCACUAACAUCAACGUCAUCAACAACAGUGACAUCACCCUCAACAUCAACAUCAUCAACAACAGUGACAUCACCCUCGACAUCAACGUCAUCACAGACAUCAACAUCCACAUCCACAGCUCCAUCCACAACCACACCAGGUUACAUCAGCUUCACUGUAUCUCCAACUGAUGUGAGUACAACUUCACUUACACUGAUAUGGCCAUCAUCUAGAAUCUCUGCUCCCUAUGUAGUACAGAUGAGUGGCACAGAAUCACGAACUCUGACUUAUGCAUCACAGACAGCGACUUUCAGUGGUCUUGUACCUGGAAGCAUUUAUAUAUUUAAUGUGUCUGCACACAACUCUACUAAUGGCAUAUGCUGUGUCUCAUCAUCUUUAACAGCAUAUACUAUUCCUGAGUUAAUCAAGCAUCUUAAGGUUGCAAACGUGGAUUCAUCAUCUGUGCAAUUACAAUGGACAGCUCCAAAAGGCAACAGGGCUCACUACCUUGUAUCUACAGUGGGGCAACCAGUCUUAAGCAAAGCAGCUACCACUGAGUCUGUGCUUUUCACAGGUUUGAGUCCUGACACUACCUACAGAUUUCAGGUUUUCGCUGUGGCUGGAGACAAUGUGUCAAAGGGAGUUCCUGCAAGUGUAACUGUAACUACACUAAAGCCUGAAAAUUGGUGCUCUUAUGCAAAUCCUCCAAUCUGCUGUACUGGAAAUAGACUCUGCAAUCCACCCAAGUAUAAGAAAUGCUUCUGUGAUGAGUACUGCACUGAAGCUGGGGACUGCUGCUCGGAUUAUAUCAGGACAUGCUUAAAGGGUAAAUAAAGAACAACUCAGAGAUGAACACACACUUUUUGGGAGACAGCAAGAAGAUUGAGAACUGCGAAGCUGUAUCAUAAUUCCAGUGCUGUCACACAGCUGUCCUUGUUGACAUGUUGCAUACACUUUUGGGGAGAAAGCACUUUGACAAGCUUAGGUUGCACACUUCUAAUAUUUACUUGCAAAACAAAUAUGCAUUUAUCUUAUUCUGUUCUAUACGCUGGAUGGGAUUAGCCCUCACUUUUUUGUUCUACUUCCUAAAAUUUCUUUGCUCUACAUUCUUAAAACUAAAUAUUACUUUAAAUAGUUGCACAAAGUGCAAAUUAAUGCAGCUUGAACAAUUCCACUAUGAAAGGUCAAAUCACUAAGCUCAAAUGGUGAAAAACUCCACAAUGAUGAAAAAUAAAUGUUUAAAUGUCUUUGCAAGUAGCCUCUAUCCAAUACAUCCCCAUGUGGGGGCAAGCCCUCCACCCCUCUGACCUAAUAUAUGCAAACUUCACAGUCACUUAUACAUGUAGAAUGAGGAUAUCACCCAAAAUGAAGGAAUGACUGUUGGUGUACAUAGAAACCACAUCAGCACUGAUUUCCUCUAGAAUACAAUUAUCUGCAUGUUGUAUUUUGGGGAUUUGUGGCACAAGGUUUAUUCUUGGGGAAUUUCAUCUAGGAGGAACAUUAGAUAUACCACUUGAAAAUAUUAAUUUCUAAAUCCAAUGAAGAAUAUUGAUUGCUUAAGCUUAAAAUGUUCUAAAACUCCUUUUUUUAUAAUAUGUAUACAUAUAUAUAUAUAUAUAUAUAUAUAUAUAUAUAUAUAUAUACCUUGACAGGUCAUUGAUAUUCAAAAACGUGCAUGCUGAUUAGACAGACAAGUGUUCCUAUUGUAAACUGAGCAUAUACAAACAUAAAAAAACCCAGCCAUUAAAGUACCAUUAAAUGGCCAGACUUUCUUUUGGAAUAUAAUAUGGAGGGCACAGCAAAAUACAGGAAAAAUCAGGUACUUCUGCAAAAAUAAAGAAACAGAAAAGUACCUGAUUUUCCUUGCAUUUCUGCACUGUCUGUCCUUAAAUCUGGGCAGACUGUGUCAUAUCUCUCAACUGUCCAGAUCUUCACAGAAUGUCCUUUUUUGCCUCAUAUUAUUGGUCCUUUUUCAUAUUCAAUUCAUUAAAUAAUAACAGGAAAAUUUAAGAUACAUACUUGGGUAUGCAUGCACAGUACUUCAGAAAAUGUAGAAGAAUGGGAAACAAAAUGGAGGAACACUUUGGUGCCAUUAUACAAAUUUAAGAACGUUAAUCAAGUGCUUUCUCAAAUAAUAUCAUUGUGUAAUAGUAAUAACCCAUGAGUGGGUGUGGGUAUAUCAGGAUUUACACACAAUUGGCUUUGCUUAAUCAUUUGCGCUUCACCCCUUUGAUCAAACCGCACCAACUAUGGGUAAAUCCUGAUAUACCCACACCCACUCAUGGGUUAUUGCGUAAUAGUUCCAUAUCAUUCCAUUGUUCUGGACCCAUGCUCCAUAGCUGUUAAUUUAUUUCAAAUUGCUCAAGUACUACUCUGCAAAAUGUCUCUUGAUGAGAGGUGUGGUAUGUACCUACAAAUACUAAUAUCACUCAGUAAAUAUUAGGUACUGCAUAUAAUAAAUCAUGCUGCUGCUGAGGGGAGGACUCUAGAAUCAAUUAACUUGUGUAAUUUGGUAGGACAGUGACAUACAGUUUAAAUGUUAUAUAAGGGAAUAUCUGUGUCACCACAGUGCAAUUACUAACAGUGUAAGUCACGUGUCAAGAAAUAUUUAGCAUGCGUAACUAAUCCAAAACAGAAAAUCAAAACAAUAGAAUCUGGAUAAAAGUAAUUUUCAUAUCAUUUGAAUUAAAUUUCAUGUAGAGACUUCAUUAGAGUACUUUAAUGUCAUAGCAUUAAAGUCACUCCAAGCAAGUGCAAAGGUACAUCAUAAAAAAAAAAAAAAAAACAGAUACAACAUGUCAUAUCCUCCCAUAUAAUUAGAAUGGCAAUUUCCCAUUUAGUUCAGUUUUAUAUAUUUUUUUAUGGCUUAAUAGUAAAUCUAUUAUUCAGGCCAGAUGUAUAAUGUGUACGCAGACCAUCCUUUCACUUGGAUAGUUUAAGAAGAUGCCUGCAAUUCAAGUCAAAUAUUCUCAAGUUUAUAACACUUUUGUAUCAUCAAAUAAUUUGUGAAAUACUAGUUAAUGUAACUCUUCACGUUUCAGUAAUACAGUUUUAAAGAAAAAAAAUGAAUUCAAAGUAUUGGUUUUGAGAAACAGGCAUAUGCCUGUUAUCAUGACAUUUUCUGUUUACAGAGUGAAGCAUUUAUAUCAUGAUAUAUAGUAUAUAAUGUUUUCAGUUUAAAACUGAGCAAGCAAAUAUGGCUUUAUGAUAAUCUUCUUUGCAUUUCAUAAUAUGCAGUUUUGCGAUCAUGUGCAUUACAAUCUUUUUCUAAUUUAACCUUCCACAUAGGAUCAUAGGAUCAUAGGAGGUUACUAGGCUAAUGGCCCUAGAUCCUUUUUCAGCCUAGCUACUUAUGCCACAAUUUUCCAAAUUAUUGAUGCCUAUGGGCUAGAAUGGUUUUGAUAUAUGCCUGUGACUUAGGGCAUCUAAAAACUGAGCUUCAGAGACAAGCCAGGGGUGAAUUUGCGAUUUCACAUCCAUUGGCCCAAACUGCAUUUGAAUAGGCUUAGGGAAGAGCUCUGCUUCACAUGAACGGGGAACAUGAGGAUUUAGAGUAUCAGUCCCUGUUGUACAGGAACUACAGUUUCAACUUUAACUUUUACACCAACUGCCAGAUGGGUGGGUGUCAAAUAUGUACCCCCCCCCCGUGCAGUGCAGCUCUUCUUGUCAUUCUCUGCAGUAUCCCAUGACCACAGACCUGCAUCACGGACUGCAGCUGGCGUCCUAAUGCAGUCAACAGAAUGAUAGAGGCUGCAAUGACAAAGAGAGUCAGAAAUAAAAGCUUGGAGAAAUAAGGCAUUGUCUUCUGACACCUACCAAUUCAGCAUGAUGUUCGAUGUUCAAGGUAUGCUAAGCCUUUGAGAUCAGAUGCCCUCAUGUACAUGAUCCUCUAAAGGCAGCUGAUGCAUAACUAAUUAUGCAGACAACUCAGCAUCACAGCCAGUCUGCUUAAAGCUUCCCAUUUCGUAUUGCAUGUUCUCCCCUCAUAUAAUCAUCCAAAACCAGUCAAAGCCUUGUAGCCUGUGAGGGUUUUUAAUGAUCCAUUAUGUCUUUUCCUGUGCCAGGACUGUGUCUAAAAAAGUCCUCUUAAGUUUUACACUGUAAACAGACAAAUAUACAGAUAUAUGUGCAUACAUAUAUUCGUACAUGCAUACAUAAAUUAAUAUAGAUAAAUAAAUUGAGCCUGCCAGUGUUGCUUGUCCUACACUUACCCACCAACCAGUCAAGACAACACCCAGAUGAUUAACUAAAUUUAGGCUGCCAAAACAAUAGUCACCAGAACUUCAAGAAAACUACUGCAUUUAUUUUAUUAAGAAUUUGUGAGAACAGUGUCAUUCAAGCAACUUUUCUCUGAAAAUAUAAUAUUAUCCUUCUUUCUCCUUUGUUUGCUUUAUCCUUCAAUAUUCAUUUUCUGCCCUUUUCUAUAUUUUCCCAAGGAUUUUGACAAGUGGGAUAUACUAUAUAGGAGCGGUCAACUAAUUCAUUUUAGCUUCAUGUUUCAGGCAAACCACAAUAGGCCUUCCAAAAAUAAAGCAAAAUGUACUGCUGAUUGUUUGCAUACAUCCUGUACUGUCACAUAAUUUUAUUAGGAACUAAAUCAUACUGAAGUGUUAAAUGGGAAUUCUUAUACUCUUUCAUUAAAUUUUAGAAUGCA